AUGACAACACCACUUUCAAAUGUACAAAAGUUUUAUUACCUACGUCUUUCUUUACGAGGCAUAUCUGCAGACACUAUUAAAUCUUUGCAAGUCUGUGAUGCUGAUUAUGAUAUUGCUUGGGCUUUACUAAUUGAAAUAUUUGAAAGCAAACAAUUACUUGUAAAUAAUUAUAUUAAAGCCAUCUUUAAUCUACCGGUAAUUGCAGAAGAAUCAAAUCAAGGUCUCAGACAACUUCUAGAUAAUAAUCAAAAACAUUUAAGCGCAUUAGAAGUUUUGCAACGCCCUAGAGUAGCACAAAUACAGAAUCUGACUAAUUUUGAACUUUGGAAAUAUGUUAAAACUGAUGACAAUCCAGCAGAGCUCUUGUCACGAGGAAAAUCCAAAAUAAGCGACGAAAGCAAAUGGCCGUCUCACUUGGUUCUUCCUAUGAUGAUUUUGAGAGAAAAUUUGACGCUGGGUGUCAAAGAGCCGAAACUGGAACCACCAGAAAUUCACUAUGCUCCCAUGAUAGAAGAAAAGACAUAUGCUUGUUCUGAUUGUGGCAAAACUUAUAAGGUCAAAAGUUCUCUCAGCAAUCACAAAAAGUGGGAGUGUGGAAAAGAACCUAGGUUUAAGUGCCCUUAUUGUGAAUACAAGGCUAAGCAAAAAGUUCAUUUAAUUAGACAUCUAAGAAAGUUACAUAAAGUUUUUUCUAUUGAUUCAGAACUUAAUAAAAGGAUCUUGAAUAAUUGUUCAAAUGACGGUGACACUGUUGAUAGUGUCGAUUUAGAUCAAAAAAGUGAAACGAGUGCUUCCUAA